ACAAUUCAAUAGCAAUUAAUCAAUUAUCUUAACCUUCUCUCUCUCUCACCCUCACACACUAAAACAAAAAAGGAACAACGACCACAACAUAGAGAGAGAGAGAGAGAAAGAAAACCGUAUUUCUCUCUACGAAACACAAAAAAUAUUCCAACUUGGACUACAAAAGUAUCAACCCAAAAUGUCGAAAAGCAAAACUAGAAUCUGUUGCUCUCUCACACUCUCGAAUCCUCCACAUAUAUAUGGUUGCUUAUUCAACAACAACAGUAUAUACACAAACCACUUUAACUUUCACAAAAACUAACAUCUUUGGUUUGUGGAUAUAUAGCCCAUACAGGAGAGAAACAGAAAACACAUUCAUAUUAAUACGCACUAAAAAUGCCUUCCCCUGUUCAGCUCCACCGUACUAACACCGCCGCCGCCGCAAACGGCGUGAACUGCCCCAAGCACGCCCAAACGCCGCCGCCAGCGAGCCGUCUCGCGAUCCCCCUCGCCAAAGUAAGCGUCCCGGACACGGUGGCUCGCCACCACGCGCACAUGGUGGGGCCCAACCAGUGCUGCUCCGUCGUGAUCCAGCCCAUAGACGCCCCCGUGUCCACCGUGUGGCCAGUUCUCCGGCGCUUCGACAACCCGCAGGGAUACAAGCACUUCGUGAAGAGCUGCCACGUGGUGGCCGGCGACGGCAUUCGCGUCGGCGCCCUCCGCGAGGUCCGCUUGGUCUCCGGUCUCCCCGCCGCGUCGAGCACCGAGAGGCUGGAGAUCCUGGACGACGAGCGCCACGUCAUCAGCUUCAGAAUUGUCGGCGGGGACCACCGUCUGAGAAACUACCGGUCUGUGACGACCCUGCACGGCGACGGGAAUGGCGGGACAGUUGUCAUCGAGUCAUACGUCGUUGACGUACCGACGGGUAACACAAAGGAGGAAACGUGCAUGUUCGUGGACACCAUCGUACGGUGCAAUUUGCAGUCGCUGGCUCAGAUCGCCGAGAACAUGGCCACUCAACACUGAACAGUGAACAAAACCAUCUUAAUUUCUCUUCUUACCUUCAUUUAUUAUUCCCUCUCGGUUUAUUUUAUUUUUCUAUUUCUUUCUUUUAAUCUAAUGGGUUAUGUCUUCCGGGUUUUUCGUUUCGAAUACGGGUUCGGAUCUAGUAUCCUAUAUGGACAUAGAUACGUGCGCCCGUCUUGGAAAUUGGUGGGUGGGUAAGCCAGUAGGUUUUUUCGGAGGACUAAAGGUCAGACGGCAAUGGUUGAA